AAAUCUCCGCAUCAGACAAGCAACCCAAGAAUUAGCUGAGCAAUCGAUUACAAUCGAUUACAAUCUAUUAUCAACUCUUUUAUAAAAGUUGAUAUCUCAAGGUCUUUUUCCUUAUCCCGCAGUUUCUUCAAAACCAAAACCCCCCAAAGAUUCAAUCACAAUCUACAUCUAUUCUUUGUUUUUCCAGUGUAAUAUAACCUCAUCAUGGCUGCUACCGUUGGCAAGACCAUCAAGUGUAAGGCCGCCGUUGCCUGGGAAGCCGGCAAACCCCUCAGCAUCGAGGAGAUCGAAGUUGCACCCCCUAAGGCCCACGAGGUCCGCAUUCAGAUCCUCUACACCGGAGUCUGUCACACAGAUGCCUUCACAUUAUCCGGCAAAGAUCCUGAAGGCGCAUUCCCUGUGGUCUUGGGGCAUGAGGGCGCCGGUGUUGUUGAAUCCAUCGGCGAAGGCGUCACCACCGUAAAGCCUGGCGACCAUGUUAUUGCACUAUACACUCCCGAAUGUAAGGAAUGCAAGUUCUGCAAGUCUGGCAAGACAAACCUUUGCGGCAAGAUUCGGGCGACCCAGGGUAGAGGUGUUCUUCCAGAUGGUACCUCUCGUUUCACCUGCCAGGGGCAGUCGCUUCUUCACUUUAUGGGAACAUCAACUUUCUCUCAGUUCACUGUGGUAGCCGAUAUCUCCGUCGUCGCUGUGCCGCUAGCUGCUCCUAUGGACCGAACCUGCCUGCUGGGUUGUGGUAUUACUACCGGUUAUGGUGCCGCAAGAAUCACGGCCAACAUCGAAGAGGGAUCCACCGUCGCCGUCUUCGGAGCUGGCUGUGUCGGUCUUUCGGUUGUUCAAGGUGCUGUCGCUCAAAAGGCGGGUAGAAUCAUCGUUGUCGAUGUAAACCUAGCUAAAGAGGCAUGGGCCAAGAAGUUUGGAGCCACUGACUUCGUAAACGCUAGCAAAUUGGGCGGACAACCGGUCCAAGAAGUGCUCGUCGAAAUGACCGAUGGUGGCUGUGACUACACUUUUGACUGUACCGGUAACGUCGCUGUAAUGCGGGCAGCUUUGGAGGCUUGCCAUAAGGGUUGGGGUCAGAGCAUCAUCAUCGGUGUUGCUGCAGCCGGCCAAGAGAUCUCAACUCGACCAUUCCAGCUAGUCACCGGCCGUGUAUGGAAAGGUUGUGCUUUCGGCGGUGUCAAGGGCCGUUCUCAACUUCCCGGCCUCGUCACUGAUUAUUUAGAAGGCAGGCUAAAGGUGGACGAGCUCAUUACUCACCGCCAAGAUUUAGAUGACAUUAACGCCGCGUUUGACGCGAUGAAGGCGGGCGAUUGCAUUCGUUGCGUCGUGAAUAUGAAGAAAUAAAAAAGUAAUAAUACGAGUCAAAUAUCAUACCUAUCUCUAAUGGAGCCGACUCGGAAUUCUACGAAAACGACGAGCUGACGAGUCAUGAAAAAUAAGUCGCAAAGUGUACCCUUAGCUUUUAGUGUAACUAAACAGUUUAUGAAUAUUGUCCGUUGAUACCUACUAGUGAAUAAUCCGCUUGCUUUCUACACUCGGUUAACAAUGAAGCAUAUUUACCAGAGUGUAACAAGUUCCUCGCCAAGUCCCUUGGCGUUGUGCUAGGUUAUUACGAUAUUUGCAGAUUCGUCAUUUGGUAG